GGUCGGCUCCGUCCCGCUGCUCGCCGGUGCUCCGGGCUCAGAGCGACCAGCGGGGCUGUUUGACAGGACGGCCGAGGCGGACCGGGGAUGUGCCCAGUGGCAGAAGGAGAAGAUGCCGUAAUCCUCCAGAGGAAUAACUGCAGGUGUCAAGUUUACAAAGAGAGUCCGAGGCCGGGGCGAGGACCGCAGCUCCGCGCACCUGGAGCGGGGCAGCGCAGGAUGAGACGCGGGGCAGCGGACAAGGACCCGGACGUCUCGGUACCGCUCGAGUCCACUUGGUGAUUUACAGUUUCCCUUUUCCACCAUGGAGGAGAAGUUCAGCAGACUCAUCUUCAUCCCCAUCGCGGCGGUGCUCUUCCUGAUGAUCGGGUACCAGUACGUGUGUCCGGCGGACAGCAACACCUGCUACUUCGCCGGCGACGACAGGGGGCUCGUGCAGCGGCACGCGUCCGGGUACGAGCUGCUUUACGCGGAGCCGGACGCGGACGAGGACCCGCUGCCGUCCCGGCUCGGCGCCAGGUUCAACUUCACGGAGCGCGACCUGGACCGACGCGUCCACUUCGACAUCCGCGGGGACGACGUGAUGGUGUUCCUGCACAUCCAGAAGACCGGCGGCACCACGUUCGGCCGCCACCUGGUGAAGAACAUCCAGCUGGAGCAGCCGUGCGACUGCCUGCCCGGCCAGAGGAAGUGCACCUGCCACCGGCCCGGCCGGGCCGAGUCGUGGCUCUUCUCCCGGUUCUCCACCGGCUGGAGCUGCGGGCUGCACGCGGACUGGACCGAGCUGUCGAGCUGCGUGCCCGGCGUGAUGAACAAGAGGGACAAGAAGAGUUCCCAGAGGAGAAGGAGGAACUUCUACUACAUCACGAUGCUCCGUGACCCAGUGUCCCGCUACCUCAGCGAGUGGAAGCAUGUGCAGCGCGGGGCCACCUGGAAGACCGCCCUCCACAUGUGUGACGGCCGCCCGCCCACCCAGGAGGAGCUGCCCGCCUGCUACAGCGGUGAAGACUGGACGGGCGUGCCCCUGGCCGACUUCAUGAACUGCCCGUCCAACCUCGCAAACAACCGGCAGGUCCGCAUGCUGGCCGACCUCAACCUGGUGGGCUGCUACAACAUGUCCUCCAUGAGCGAGCUGGAGCGCGGCCACAUGCUGCUCGCCAGCGCCAAGGCCAACCUGCGCAACAUGGCGUUCUACGGCCUGACGGAGUUCCAGCGCAAGACGCAGUACCUGUUCGAGCGGACGUUUGGCCUGCGCUUCAUCCGGGCCUUCACGCAGAUCAACAGCACGCGCGCCGCCAGCGUGGGAAUCAGCGAGAAGGUGCGGUGGCGCAUCGAGGGGCUGAACGCCCUCGACAUGGAGCUGUACGAGUACGCCAAGGAGCUGUUCCUGCGCCGCUACCAGUACAACCGGCAGAGGCAGCACCAGGAGGAGCGGCUGAGGAGGCGGCGGGAGAGGCAGCACAGGCAGCAGCUGCACAGGACCUAUCUGGCCGAGCUGUGGAGACUAGGAGGAGGAGGAGGAGGAGAGGAGGAAGACGAGGACGAAGAGGAGGUGGUGAAGGUGUUUGAGAACGUCGCCACUACCGAGGAUUACAGCAGCCAGGUGGUGCAGUGGUGAGGACAACCACGUCUGACUCAUCGUGCUUCACUCUCCUCCGUCCAGCUCCCUCCGUCUCGCCACCGCUGUGAAUCUGCCAAAACCUCCUGCUCUCAGCCUCAUACGCGUCAUCCGACUGCCGAAUGAUGUCUUAAUAUUUAUGAUGGAUGUAUUUGUCAUGGCAACAAACAUUUUGUAUUUGUUUCUUUUUUUGUUAUUGCUAAUUGGCACUGCAGUUGUGAAAUGUAUUUAUUUAUGUAUUUAUCUAUUAGCAAGAGCUUUGAAUGUUUUCAAAGCUGUAAAAAAUGUUUCCUCAAUUUCGCUACAGGAAAAAACGGGGACAUUAUAGUAUUUUAUUUGAAAAUGGCGAAGGAUCCUCUGUGUCAUGUUUGUGAGUCGAGCAGUGGAAUCUUGUAGUUGCUCUGUUGUGUUUGGCCUUCGUGAGAAACUCAAAGCACAAAGUUGUCAGUAUGUUGUUUUUCUUUCUGACUUGACUGAAGCUGCGGAAACAGUCAAGACAACUUCUCACAGGAAAUGUGUUCAAUAAAAGCCUGCAGCAUCCAGUGAUGUAAAGAAUCUGUCCCUGAUGGACUCUUUGGUUCGCAAUUGUACGUGCACAUGUUCUGGCUUUGCUCCCUUUUUUUCCCCACAGCAUGUUCUCACCAUAAAAAUCUGAAAUCUU